ACAGACGCGCUGGGCCCGGCCAGCACUCAGUUCAUCUUCAGUCGUCGCCUGGCUCGCUGGCUCUUGACUCUUCGUUAUUGGUUCUUGGUAGGAGUUCCAGUCCCUAUUUAUAUUUUCAAGGAUAUAUGGUCAAGGCGAGGAUUGGUCAGCCAACGCAUCGACAGCAAUUUAGCAAAACAAUAAGGAAUCAGAAACUGUUCACCAUAAUUCGGCAUUAAAAUGCGCUUCUUUGUUCUAUCUGCACUGAUUGUGGCCUCUUUGGCUUUCAGCCAGGCCCAACAGCCCAACGGUGGACUGGCCGUCGAAAUUCAGAAGCAGCGGCUGGUCAAAUUUCCCGAGGAGUUUGAGCCCAGUGCGGCCAUGCCUCCGUCCUCGGAAAAGGCGGACGAGGCCAAGCGCAUCCUCGAGCAGAUAGCCAGGGUCAACGAGGCCUUUGGCUACGUGAAGAAGCAGCCGGAGCAGCCCAAGCUGCCGCCCAUCCUCGACUCCAGUCAGUACCUGUUCCCCAAGCCAGCCCACCAGCCCUUUCAUGCUCAUCAGCACCACUUCUCGGGCAGCCAUGGUCAGACCUUGCUGGAACCCUCGAUCAGGGCGGUGAAACUCACGAGGAAUGUGGCGGGAGGUGGCUACAAUCUGCCGCCCAGACUGCGCCAGACAGUUAAAACAGAUUCCCAGGAGGAGAAGCAAUCCCAGCUGUACUUCCGACCCAACCAAGUGGAGGUGCCCCAGCCCAAGUCCGAGCAAGAGGCUCAACAGCUGCCCGCCCACUUUGUGAUACCCGUGCACCUGUACAAACUCAACAAGGACGAGUACCUCAAGGAGCACGCCUCGCAGGAGUACAAGGUCAAGGGCUACAAGAUCAUUGGCGAUGUGGACAGCUUCUAUGGCAAAGCCAAGGCGGGCAGAAAGCAGGGCAAGACGACGCCCAAGUACCAUCUGUUCUUCCUGCCCCGGGAACUGGCCCUCAACGAGGACGGUACACCAAAGAGGGGUAACGCCACCACCAAGGCUCCUACUCCUGCUCCUGCUCCUGGUCCUGCUCCUAGUCCGGCUCCUGCUCCUGCUCCUGCUCCUACUCCCUUUAAGGACUACCGUUUGGACUCCCGCGAGAAGCCUGUCCAUAAGCCACAGAAGAUUCAGCACAGUCUGGCACCGGAAUUGACUAACCUAAACUCUGUGAAUAGGAAAAGGGUUAGCACUACGGCAAAGCCAGUGCGUUUGAGUGGCAAGGAAGCCGAUAAGCAGGGCGCCACAAACAUCAAGGCCACUUCGGCCCCAGUUUCCCUUAGCUCCACUUUGCCACCAUCUGGUGGCCUAAUGCCCAAUCGGAAUCGAUUGAAUCCCUUCCGCAUGCCCGGAAUGAACAUCGCCGAGAUGCAGAACCAAACCUCGGCGGCCAUCAAGAAUGCCUUCCAGAACAUAUUCAAGCUGCCAUUCCGACCGCCCGUGGCGGCCUCAGCCGGAGAUGGUCCUGCGAUCGUGGGCAAUGUUCCGGUAAAGAAUCAGCCCCUGGAUUCGGCCGACUACAAAUGGGAUGAUGAUAACGAGGGCGCUGGCGAUGGCGAUGGGAUGUCGGAUGAUGUGGACACCGUGGAGAACACGGCUGCCGAGCUGGACAACAGUGCGUCCUCGGAGAAGCAUCUGUUUGCCCAUAAGGGCCACCACCUGAUGCACACGGUGGCCCAAGUGGCCACCGCCCAGCAGAGCACCCAGAAACAGGCGUUGCGCGAAGGCGGCAUCAUCAUCCAGCGGCUGAAGGUGCGCAGGGGCGGCAUCGCAAUCGCAGGUCCCGGGGGCGUGGCCACGGCCGGAAGCGGUGGCACCGCAAUAGUGGGUCCCGGCGGCUAUGCCCUGACCCACCCACGCAGUCUGACCAUCGCCGGUCCGGGGGCCAAGGUCAUCUCGAUUCCGGCGAAUGUGGAUCUGAAGGAUGCCCUGGCACGCACCGAUCUGGAGACGAGGAGUUUUCCGCGCGAGGGAAAAAUCGUGGCCACGGGACCAACGGUCUACUAUGCCCCGCCCACGGGCACCACAACGCCGGAGGCGGAGGAGGAGGAGGAGGAGCAGGAUCAGGGGGCGGGACUGGAGGCGGGCCAGUUUGAGUCUGAGGCUUAACCCUAAUAGCUAUUAACUAGCACUUUUAGUUAGGUUCCAUAGUUGCUAUUGUCUAGUGUUCUAAUAAAUCUUUGUAUUUCGUAAA